AUGAGAUCGCAAAAGACCAAGAAGUUGCUACCUAUCCUUAGCUUGGGUAGCUUGGGUUGUGGGGCACGACUGGCUGCAAAGGCAGCCUGGGCUGUGGGGCAUGCAAGUGAGGCUACUGGCUUGCAAAAUGCACACAUAGGUUACGUGGGAUGGCUUACGCUGCUACCUGCUAGCAUGAGGCAAAGCUUACAAGAGGCUGCGUGGGAUGGCCUAGGCUACUGCAUUGUUGGCUUGAGGCUAGGCUUGGCAGAGGCUAUAUGGGAUGGCCUAGGCUGUUGCGCUUUUGGCAUGAGCCUGGGUUGUUGCGCUGCUGGCGUGAGGCGAGGCUUGCAAGAGGCUGCGUGGGAUGGCCUGGGCAACUGCACUGCUAGUGUGAGGCAAGGCUUACGAGAGGCUGUAUGGGAUGGCCUGCGCUACUGGCGUAAGGCGAGGCUUGCGAGAGGCUGUGCGGGAUGGCCUACACUAUUGGAGUGA